AUGUCUCUCGACCUAGGCCCCCCUAUUGUGCAGGGACAAUACGACAGCGACUUCAGGAAAUUCGGCGAAACCUAUGCACGGGGAGACAGCAUUGCUCGAGAACAAUUGAAAGAUGUCCUCAUUACCCUGCAAAUGGCUGUACUUUCUAAUCUUACUGGCGUCUGGACGGGAACUCGCUCUCUCGAUUACAAGGCGCUCCAAGUCGCCACCGACGACAGUCGAGUCAAUGCUGUCAUGUGCUUGAUCCAGUGGCAGCAGCGUCUUUCGUCAGCAGCGACGGCUCAACAGCAGAAGUCCCCCCCUUAUCCGCUGGACUCGAACUCACGACCCAUGACUCCGCCUUUAACCAAUGCCAGCAGUCACAGCGACCGAUCUUCUGUUGUCGCUGGCCGCUGUUCGACGCCUGAGCAGACGAACGAGCAGAUGGCUCCUUUGGGCACUACUCCAAGGUCUUCUGACUCAGCAAGCGCAUAUUCGGUCAGUCCAAGGCCAACUAUCAAUCAUCAUACCUUUGCACAUCCCCAGCCCGACGACAGAAGCCCCAUUGAAAUGCCAUCGCCUCUUUUCGCUCGGGCGAGGCCAGUCGUUGGACAAGACUCUUGGAGAUCGCCAAAUGUUCCGCACGCAUUACCCGUCCGGUCUCCCUAUCGUCCAACAGUCACCACGACCGAGGAGAUGGCGGAAUCUCGACCAAUGCCAGACAACCACAGCCCACACUUCCCAUCACCCAUAUCUCCUUUUAGGCCAGAACACGAACAUCAGAACUCGGAUGGUUUUGGCUCCAAUGGCCAGUCCAGGAGCCUUGACUCGCCAACCAUCAACUACGACGCCGCCUCAUGUAGUCCUACAGCACAUGACAGUGCUAGACGUGCCCCUUCAUUAGGCACAAUAGCCCCUCAAGGCCAGCGCACAUCGUCCGACCACAGCACACUGGAGCCCGUCUCCUUGGAUAAUACAACACCUACCGACAUCCAUCCCGCCUUCCGAACCGACCCCUAUAGUCUGCAAGCCUACGCCGCCUCCUUCGCCUCUGCCAGACCCCAAGACAACCCUCUCCCUCCCGUUCCCGCACCACCCUACACCGACUCACCAGCACUGCAACACCCACAUCAAGGCCAAAUCCAAAACCGUAUCUCCUCCCUGUCAGCCUCAGCUGCGAUCCCCCAAAGCGCAACCCAUAACCGCUCCCUUUCAGCGUCAGCCCCGAUCCCUGUCCUAUCCCGACGCCCCUACUCCUCCAACACAACCUCCACACCCCGCUCCUCCACCGACCACCGCCCCUCCCACUCCUAUCCUCAACCCCAAUCCCAAUCCCACACCGAGCGCCACCUCUCGCAACCUCAAUCCCUCACCCUCCCCUCCGAAUCAAACGCCUAUCACGGAUUCUGCAAAUCAGCAUACAAGCUCCAAAUCGGCCUCCCACACAAAAAGGCCUUCUCCAUCGAAACGCGCCCCGCCGGGAUCUACUCCAACUCCCAAGUCUGGCGCUGCGCCAAAUGCUCCUUCGAAGGCCCCGUCUUCGUCAGCUCCGGAAUCCCUAACGUCGUAGGAGGUGUAGGAAAGAAAGCGGUGGGGAAACCGGAGAAGGCGUUUGAUCCCCGCCUCCGGGUGUCUGAGAGUGGCGGGGUACGCUAUCGAUGGGUGUUCUUGGCGAAAUGUCAUGUCAUGACCAAGAACACGGCGGGGGAGGCGGCGAGGAUGGGGGAUGGCAGUUUUGGCACGUUUGGAUGCUUGUUCUGUUGUGCGGAGGGUGUGGGGAGGGGAUGGAUACAACCAGAGGAGGAGAGCAACACCAAUACCAAUAACAACAACAAUAAAAAUAGCCCUAAUAAUUCGGCGGUGGAACUGGAUGCCGGGCCCGGAGCCGGAGGCGCGGUAGCGGCGGGAGCUGGAUUCGCAGCGGCAUUUCUGCUGGGGAGGAGGAAGACCUUAGCCGCUAUGCCUACCACCAAUACCACAACGGCUACGACGACGACAACGACGAAUCAUAAUCCACCGACGACGCCGACACCCUCGGUGCCCAUGUUCGGCAACGUCCAGAGCUUCAUGCAGCACCUCGAGAUGCACCGCACGGAACAGGGCACGCCCGGCGUCGAGAUGCAGGGCCGCAUGAAAUGCGUGGUCGGGCGGGCGGCCGACCCGGGCGAGGAUUUCGACGUCAAUUUCCUGCCCCUCGUUGAGCUGUAA